CUGAGGGUUUUUUCUGAGUUUUGAAGUGGGGCUGCACAGCUUAGCCUUUCACAAAAGAAUAGACGAUGGAGUUGUAUUUAAUUUCGAUCCUUUUAGCGAGCAUCUUCAUCAUUCCCUUCGCGCUGAAAACCUUCUCCCCUUACGUCUGGAUGGACUUUCUGUACUUCGGGGAUCUUUUGCGGAUUUUAGUGACGUACGGCGCCAGACGCAGGAGGAGACCUCUGUUUUUCGUCCUGGAUCGUUUCUUGGAGCAAACUGUAGCUUGUCCGGAUAAACUCUUUAUUGCGUUUGGGGAUGAACGCCACACGUACGCGGACGCGGACAGGAAGAGCAACAAAAUCGCCCGUGCGCUCCAGUCUCAGGCCGGGUACACGUCUGGGGACACAGUCGCUCUUUUUAUGGGAAACGAGCCCACCUUCGUGUUUACCUGGUUGGCCUUGGCCAAACUUGGCUCUCCUGUCGCUCUCUUGAAUUACAACAUCCGGACCAAGUCUCUGCUGCACUGUUUUAACUGCUGCAAGGCCAAAGUUUUGGUAGCAGCUUCGGGUCUGGUUCUCUGGGUUCACUUUCAGGUAUUUUUUGCAGCUGUGAAUAAACUCAAUGUUUAUUAUUUUUUUCUUUUUGUCUCUCUAGAUCUGAAGGAGGCAGUGGAGGAUGUGUUGCCCUCACUGAUAGAGCAGGGCGUUGUCGUCCUUCUGAUGACCAAACACUGUGACACAUCAGGAAUCCAGAGCUUCUUGGAUAAAGUCGAGGAGGCACCUGACUCUCCUCUUCCUCGAUCCCUUCGAUCACACCUUUCAUUCAAAAGUCCUGCUGUUUACAUUUACACCUCUGGAACAACUGGUCUUCCUAAAGCAGCCUUGGUCAACCAAAAUCGUCUUUUAACAGCUCUGGCUAUUUUAUCUUCAAACGGUGUCACGUCCAAAGAUGUCAUGUACACUAACCUGCCUCUCUAUCACACAGCAGGGUUUUUUGUUGGCUUCAUUGGCCCCAUUGAAACAGGGUCAACCAUAGUUCUAAAGAGGAAGUUUUCUGCCUCUCAGUUCUGGGAUGACUGCAGAAAAUACAACGUAACUGUUGUUCAGUACAUUGGCGAGGUGAUGCGCUACCUCUGUUGCACUCCAAAGAGAGACAAUGACAAGGACCACAAAGUGAGAUUGGCUAUUGGGAACGGUAUCAGAGCAGAGGUUUGGAAAGAGUUUCUGAACCGCUUUGGAAAUGUUCAGAUUCGAGAGUUUUAUGCUUCAACUGAAGGAAAUAUUGGAUUCCUGAACUACCCCGGAAAAAUGGGAGCUGUUGGACGAGUACACUUUUUGCACCAGAAGUUGUUUCCUUACACUCUUGUAAAAUACGACACUGAGCGAGACGAACCGGUACGAGACGCUAACGGUCUCUGCAUCAAGUCACCCAAAGGUGAAACAGGACUGCUGGUAUCAAAGAUCACAGACAUCGCUCCAUUUGAAGGCUACGCCCAAAACAAAGAGCAGACAGAGCGCAAAAAGCUCCGGGAUGUCUUAAAAAAAGGAGACCUUUACUUCAACACUGGAGACCUGAUGAGAAUUGAUAAAGACAACUUUAUUUACUUUCAGGAUCGUGUUGGUGACACAUUUAGGUGGAAAGGUGAGAAUGUGGCAACAACCGAGGUUUCAGACAUUCUUUCUUUCAUCGACUGUCUCCAGGAAGCCAAUGUUUAUGGAGUCCAGGUGCCAGGACACGAGGGUCGUGUAGGGAUGGCAGCUGUCAGCUUGAAGGAAGACGGAGAGUUUGACGGGAGUAAAGUCUAUAAGCAUGUCGUCAGCUACCUGCCGUCGUAUGCUCGACCGCGCUUUAUAAGGAUCCAGAGUGCCGUGGAAGUGACGGGCACUUUUAAGCAGAUGAAGGUGAAGCUUGUGGCGCAGGGGUUUGAUCCAGGACAGGUCCAGGACCCUCUGUAUUUCCUCGAUGAUUGUGUUAAGAGCUACGUUCCUGUGACCGCUCAACUCUACAGCUCCAUCCUAUCAGGAAGCAUCAAGCUAUGAGCAGGUUCACAGGCUUGGCUCUUUGUAAGUUUUAACUUCCUGCUCAGGGACACAACAGUGUUUUUUAGUGCUUUUGCUUUAAAAUGAGUUCUUGGGAAUAUGUGUUGACAUGAAAGGACACAUGUAAGCAGUGUUUGGGUGAUGUUUUUACAGUAAAGAGAUGGUAUAAAUAUGUUUGCUAGCAUGCUGGCUGCUUUCCAGGAGGAGGACUCCUGCUUAGACUUUGUUCUUGGUAAUCUUUGGUGUUAACAUGUGUUUGAAGGUGGUAUGGUGCUGGAUCCUGUUACAACAAUAAAGAUGAUGUAUGAGA